AUGUCCGAUCAACAACAAUCUCAGCCGAGUACUGGGCCGGCCUCCCCCACUGCGGCUCAGUUAGCUUCGCCGCCGGCUACACAGGCUGGAGCUCAGGUUCAAGCCAGUGUGGUCGGUACGCUCGAAGCAGACGACCAAGACCAAGGAGGACAAAAUGCGCCCAAUGGCAACGAUAACGACGGGUCCUCAAUUUCCGGACACUCAACCGAUGAAUCCCAUGCGUCCCUGCGAUCCAGUAUUCUAGACUACCGGCGCGAGAAUGGCCGCACGUACCACAGACUCAACGAUGGAAAAUAUGUGGUGCCGAACGACGCUUUGGAACAGGAGCGACUGGACCUCGUCAAUCAUAUGUGGACGAUAAUCUGGGACGGGAAGUUCUGCCUGUGCCCUAAGGAUGAUGGUGCUAGAAGGGUCCUCGACAUCGGUACUGGAACAGGCGUGUGGGCUAUGGACUACGCCGACACUCACCCUGAAGCGCAGGUGAUUGGUGCUGACCUUAGCCCAAUUCAACCCACGUACGUCCCUCUUAACUGCAUAUUUGAGGUCGAUGACCUGGAGAAAGAGUGGACUUGGUCUGAGCCAUUCGACUUCAUUUUUGCACGCAACAUGAUGGGAUCAUUCUCCGACUGGCCUAGCGCUAUCGAGCAGGCUUAUAACAACCUCGAAACCGGUGGCUACUUUGAGAUUCACGAUACUAUAUACCCUAUUCUCUGCGACGAUGGCAGCGUCCCAGAGGAUUCCCCAAUCUCGAAAUGGUCACGUCUCAUGCUGGAAGCCUUCGAGAAGACAGGUCGAUCCGUCACCAUCGCCCGUCAAUUUCCUCAGUUCUUGGAAGAAGCAGGAUUUGAAAAUGUCACAGUGACAAAGUGCAAGCACCCACUUAAUGACUGGCCUAAGGAUCCGAAGUGGAAGGAGGUCGGUGGCUGGGUUCAAGAGUCGUUGUUCCCCGGCCUUGAGGGGUUGUCACUCGGACUGUUCACGCGCGUGCUGGACUGGACUCGCGACGAGACAUUGGUUUUCUGCGCUCAAGGCAGGAAUGAUGUGAAAAACACAAAGCUUCACGGUUAUUAUGACGGAUUGUCUGUGUACGGACACAAGCCGUUCCCUAAGAAAGACUAG